AUAUCAACAAAUUUAUGCUUUUGGGUCGCUUUUAACGGAAUACUGUCCCAGAUUAGCUUUGGCCAUCAGAUUCUAAUCGCGCAGGAAUAAUUAAAAAAGGAUUUCCUGCAAUAAUCUAAAAUGACGGCUAUUGAUAAAAUACAGGUCUUGGACUCAAUCGAAAAGGAGCUACUUCUUUGUAUGCAAAGUGCCGGACAAGCACUCCUGGAGCUGAGCAAGGAAAAGACCAGCCAGAAAGGACCGGAAACGCACACAAAUCAGUUUCUGAAAUCCCUUAACAUCGUCGAAACGAAACUAUCGGAACAGAUCAACUAUCUGACCCAGGUCUCUACCGGGCAACCACACGAGGGAUCCGGUUAUGCCGCAGCGAAAGUGUUGCAAAUGGCCUGGCACCGGGUCCAGCACGUCAAGUCCCGCAUCAAGGAGCUGGAAGAGUGCAAGGUCAAAUACGUGCAAGCCACCAACCGGUUGCAGUCGCAGCGAAUGGGCCAGCAAAAUCCGGCCUCCGGUACGGCCGGGGUAAUGCUUUGAGAUGAAAAAGACUAAUAGCUAGAACGUAAGGCAUUCAAACUGUAUUGGUAAUACAAAAAAGGUAACAUUUUAUUCAUCAA